AUGUACAACGAGAGCGGCCUGCAGCUCGUCAUGGAUUAUGACAAUGACACAUGGCCUGAGUACCCACUGCACCUCUUCCCUGCCCCGCUGCUCACCGGCGUCACCGUCAUCUGCGUGCUCCUCUUUGCGAUUGGGAUCCUAGGAAACGUGAUGACCAUGCUGGUGGUCUCCAAGUUCCGAGACAUGCGGACGACGACCAACCUGUACCUCUCCAGCAUGGCUUUCUCGGACCUGCUGAUCUUUCUCUGCAUGCCCCUGGAUCUCUUCCGCCUCUGGCAGUACCGGCCUUGGAAUUUCGGGGACCUCCUCUGCAAGCUCUUCCAGUUUGUCAGCGAGAGUUGUACUUACUCGACCAUCCUCAACAUCACCGCCCUGAGCGUGGAGAGGUAUUUUGCCGUCUGCUUUCCGCUCUGGGCCAAGGUGGUGAUCACCAAAGGCAAAGUCAAGAUGGUUAUCCUCAUGCUCUGGGCAGUAUCUUUUGUCAGCGCUGGGCCGAUCUUUGUCUUGGUUGGGGUGGAGCAUGAGAAUGGGACAAACCCCUUGGACACGAAUGAAUGCAGAACCACAGAGUAUGCGAUUCAGUCAGGGCUUCUGACCAUUAUGGUGUGGACCUCUAGCAUCUUCUUUUUCCUGCCCGUAUUUUGCUUGACUAUCCUCUACAGCCUCAUAGUGAGGAAACUCUGGAGGAGAAAGAGGAAGGACAUUGGACCAAAGACUUCCAUCAGGGACAAGUACAACCGGCAAACGGUGAAAAUGUUAGCUGUGGUGGUCUUUGCUUUCAUACUCUGCUGGUUGCCUUUCCACAUAGGACGUUACCUGUUUUCCAAAUCCUUUGAGGACGGAUCCUUGGAAAUAGCCGUCAUCAGCCAAUACUGCAACCUGGUUUCAUUCGUCCUCUUCUAUCUGAGCGCUGCCAUCAACCCAAUCUUGUACAACAUCAUGUCGAAGAAAUACCGGAAAGCGGCUUAUAGGCUCUUCGGAAUCAAGCUGCCUAGGAAGAAAAGAUUCUCUGUGAUGAAGGAGAGCGGAUCCUGUGCUUGGACAGCAGCGUCCGGUGUCAGAGCAACAUGA